UCAACAGGAAACUUGUGUCCUCCAGGCUUGGGAGCGGCCGGCCUCCCGGCCUGGGCGCUUAUAAACCUCAGCUCCGCUGCUCGCGCGCGCUGCACCCCAUCUGUGCGACUCGCCCCGUCAAUAAAAAUAUAUUUAAACAAAAAACAAACAAAACAGGACCCUGGACUGAGAUCUAGAGAGGAAGGGGUUUCUGGAAAUGAAUACCCUUCCCCGCACCUGCACUGAGCAGGUCAGCCCCCAGAGGACAUCAGCUAUAGUCCCCAGGGUCCUAAUGGCAGCAGAGCCACUGACUGAGGUGGAGACAGCCAUUGACACAUUGGUCAACGCCUUCUUCACCUUUGCAAGGCGCGAGGGCCGGAAGGGCAGCCUCAACAUCAAUGAAUUUAAGGAAAUGGCCACUCAGCAGUUCCCUCACCUGCUCAAGGAUGUGGGCUCCUUGGAUGAGAAGAUGAAGAGGUUGGAUGUGAACGGGGACUCAGAGCUCCGGUUCAACGAGUACUGGAGACUGAUUGGGGAGCUGGCCAAAGAGAUCAGAAAGGAGAAGGAGACGCAGAAGAAGUCCGGCUGCCUGGGAUAAGAUGGGCAGGACCGGGCAGAACUCCACUCCCCGAAAAUAAAGCCUUCUCCUUAACACA